AAGAGAAAGGGUUUCUUAGAAUAUUUGAAGGCUCUUGAUUGACUAGAUGUAUGUCAUGCAGAAGAACCGACUACUAACCGAUCCACUAUUUAAAUAGCAGAUGAUGUCCACAAAGCAAGUAGCAAAUCAUAUUUUCAAAAUUUCUCAUUUUUAUAAGGUUCGCAGCGGGACCUGAAAGAGUAAAAUAAAGAACAGGUAGUGCCCACGAGAAGUAUGGGGCGCCAAAGAUAAUUCAUUCUCGAAAUGAAAAGCUUAUGUCCUAUGUUCUGUUUGCUUCCUUGAAUCGAACCCAUCCAUGAUGGCGCUUGAUGCAUCAACAUUUGAAACCCUAAUCCCUUCUCGCUUCAUCUCCUUCACUCUACCCAAUCCAAUUUCUUCUCAUUCUCAUGAUUCUCUUCUCCGAGUUGCUGUUCUUGACUCACCACUCACUCACUCACCACCACCACACGUUGCCGCCAUGUUAGUCCCCCAAGGUCGUGAAUCCGAUUGGAUCUUCUCCACCAAAUCAGGUCAUCUCCAACUUCUCUUCACUUCUCCACAACCAAUUUCCCGCUUCAUUCUCAUCGGAAACCAAUUCCACCACCGUACUGCCGAUGAUUCUUAUCAAGAAAAAUUUCAGGUCUGGUCAAAACCUCUUCUCUUAGCUUUAUCUCCAAAAUCUUUGUUUAUUAACGGCAUAAUCCCUGAUAUACCUAUUUUGAUUUAUGAAGAUAAUAUUGUUUCUAGUGUAGUUAUACAUCAAUGUGUUAGUUCUCAUGUUGGUGAAAUGUUAGUUGAAAAUGUCGAAAUCAAAACUAAGAAUUUUCGAAGGGAGUUUCGAAGGCGGUUGAGGUUUAAGAGAAUGCCUAAUCUUAUUCAAACAGAGGUGCUUAUUGUUCCAGAGACUGAUUAUAGUGAUUCUAGUUUGAAUAGUGUUAUUAUUGGAGAUGCAAAGUUUAUGCUUGAUCUUCGAGUUUUGGUUCAUCCUUAUUUGGCACCUAUGGUGGCUAGUCUUUCAUUGAUAAGUGAGUAUAUAGAGGGACGGAUUCAAAGUGGUUUACGACCGAAAGCUUUAUGCCUUGGGGUUGGAGGUGGGGCUUUGUUAACUUUUAUGGCAAUUCAAUUGGGUUUUGAGGUCAUUGGUGUUGAUAGUGAUAAAGAGGUUUUGAAGGUUGCAAAGAAUUACUUUGGAUUGGAUGACUCUGAAUUUCUCCAUGUUAUUGUUGGAGACGCGGUUAAAUAUAUUAAGAAACUUGCUUACCGUGGAAAACAUAACAAUAAGAGUUCUUUUGCUGAUUCUGAGUCCGGUGGUUUUGACCCCUUGCAAAAUGGUGACGAGGUUACACAUAAGUUUGAUGUUGUUAUGGUUGAUUUGGAUUCAGGCGAUAUAGUAGAUGGUAUCAGUUCUCCGCCUUUGGAAUUUGUUAGAAAGCGUGUUCUUCUUGCUGCUAAAUUAGUUCUUUCUGAAUUUGGAAUUCUCGCUAUCAAUGUCAUUUCUCCAAGUCAGUCCUUCUAUGACAACUUGGUAAAUCAUUUUCAGAAAGUUUUCCAUGAGCUCUAUAAGAUAGCUGUGGGGAAUGGUGAAAAUUUCAUUCUUAUUGCCACAGUAUCACCUCAGGUGUUUUCGGUUGGGGAUUGUAGUGACUCUUUUCUUUUGCGACUGAAAUCACUUAUUCCAGAAACAUACAUCAAUUCCAUUAGGAAGAUAUGAUGUCUCACUUUUUGAAGCAAAUAUGCUUUUUAAAAAUCUUUCACCUCCAGUUUUUGCAAUGCUAAACUAAUUGAAGUUGUAUUAGUAAUAGUUUUGAGUUUUGAUACCAUGAUGCAAUAUGAAGAAUGUUUCUUGUAUGCAUAGCAUCAUUGCUCUUCUGUAGAGAUGCGGCUUUAAUUCAAUUGACCAUACACUGUAAUUAUAGAUAGUAUUUUCAAUAAAAGUGGUACCUUUAUUAAAUUCA